CACGGCGUGCACGGCAGGGGGGGCCUCAAGCCCCGGCCCAGUCCCCGCUCGGCUCUGCUUGGCUCUGCUCCUCGCCGCCGGUCCCGCGUGCAGCGAGUCCGCACCCGCAGAACACCACGCCCCGCCACCGACCGACCGAGCUCGUCGCCGGGGCGCAAGAGCCACACGAUGUCGCGCGCCACCCUCCUGCUGCUCGUGGCGCUGCUCGCGGCCGCACCCGCCGCCCGCGCCUACGACCCGGACGACGCCGGGCUGACGACCAUCCUGCCGCCCGCGGGGCAGUUCGAGGCCUUCUACCCGCGCAAGGCCUUCGGCCAGCCCAACGGCUCGGCGCGCUCGCCGCACGCGCACGGCUCCUACUACGCGCACCGUCACGCCGCCCUCGUGGACGCGCCCAACGCCGCGGCCUACGGCUUCAGAUUUGACGGCAAGCGUCGAUUCAACUACGACUGAUGGCGGGCUGGAGGGUGUCGGCGCAUCAGCAGCGAUGUAAGAGACGAUAAAUAAAUUUUCAAUUGCCUUU